CGCUCUUGAUGCUCUCGCAGUGACACCUAAAAUAAACUGUAUUUAACAAGAGAAGAGAACGAGAUCACGGAUACAAGAACGCGCGUCGCGUGUACAAGAACAGCCUCGUGCCGAUCGAGAGGCUCAGUCGACGCGUCUCCGAUGCUCUCCGAUGUUGUGCUGCGUUUCGAGAAGAGCUGUCGCGGGGACGACGAGCCGGGGUCCGCCCUACGAUCAUUCCUCGUCGAUAGAGCAACUCGUCAGCUUGGAGAAAGUAAUUCGGCUCGAGGAAUCGAACGAACCAGAUGUGCCGCCCAUCCUUCUGCCGUGCGCCAUCUGCGCACGGACCUUUAUGCCGCAGUCGUUGGAGAAGCACUCGAGGAUCUGCGAGCGAUCGUCGAGCAAGAAGAGGAAGCCGUUCGACUCGGCCAAGCAGAGGAUCCAGGGCACCGAGCUGGCUGAAUUCCUGCCCAGGCAGGAGAGGAGCAAACGACGACGCUCGCCGGACGACAAAUCAUCCAAGCCCGGAUCCACUUGGAAACAGACGCACGAUGAUUUCCUGCGGGCCAUCCGCGCGGCGCGCAACGAAAUUGUGGACUCGACGAUGCAGAAGCAGUGUGGCACGACCAUCACGCCGAACGCGCCAACGCGGGCCAACGAGCAGGGCACGUGCCCGACGUGCAGUCGGCACUUCGGCGUCAAGGCGUACGACAGGCACGUGGCCUGGUGCAAAGAAAGGAUCAACCGUGUGCCGGUCAGCACCGCGACGAACAUCGCGAAGGAGCGCCUCGAAGCGCGGAUGAAGUAUCGGGCGCCAGCGGUGAAGAGUCGUCGGCAAGCGACCCGCGUGAAGUACUCGCCGGGCUCGGCAGCCGCUCUGACUUCCGGCAGCAAAACGUCGCCGACGACGCUGCGAGCUAACAAGGCCAAGGAGAGCGUAUCGGCGCCGAGCUGCAACAGGAGCAACGACAGCCCUGUUAAACAGGCCAACAGAUCGACGGUCGUGAGACGUCCCAGUCAAACGAAGGAGUCGUCCAGUCCCACGGUCCCGACGAAGUCGCAAACAGCGGAUCGUAUAAACAGGCUGCUGGAAGACGAGACCGCCGGACCGGCUACCUCUCGACCCGCUCCUCCCGUUAAAACAACCUCUCCCGCCCUUUUCCCGCCCUUAAAACGUAAGAAAGAAACGCACGUCGACGAGUGCAACAGCGUCGCCACGCCGAGAUCAAGCAAGAGACAGCCGAGGAGGACGCCGGUGAGAGUGAAACAGGAGGACGAAAGAACGCAUCAGCCGAUGCUACAUUCUGCCCGAUCGUUCAAGGCAAACAUCGUUUCGGCUAGAAGCCAAGGGAACCCAAGGCUCAACGACGUCUCGAUCAACGACGACAUCGUGGGCGUCACUGUGAAGCCAUGCAGCAUACGCAGAGAGAGUCAGUUGGUAACGUGGAAACAGCUGAUGGAGGCAGACCAAGCGAAGAAGAGCCCGAAAGAAAGCGUUGAAUUCGUGUUGAACGUUGAUUCGAAAGAGGAGAGAGGAAGCGAAGGUACAACCGUGCCGGCAACGUUGAACGAAACGUACUCGUUUAUCAAGGACUCGACGACAAGGAGCGACAAAAUCGACGAUCUGCAUGCUCGGCACGCGAGGAAGAAAAAAUGGAAGCCGGUGAGGCACAGUCCGCGCGUGGAAUUCUGUUUCGGAGAUUCGGAUAAAGCCUCUUUGGUUAAUUCCGUUCUUUCUGGAAAAGCCAUUGGUAAAAACUGUCGCGGGAGUUUGAAAGGGGACAGCUUCGAAACGAACGACGCCGCGCGAUUUCGCGGAGAAGAAAAUUCCCGUUUCGCGAGCUCGCGCGUAAAGUCGCUCUCGGGAAGUUUUCAGUCGACGAGAAGUCGAAUUUUUGAGAAAAAACGACUGAGCGCGAUCAAUUCUCACAGUGAUUUCGAAAUCGCGCGGAACUCGCCGAGGAGUCUGCGCGAAGAUUUUCAAACUGUGAAUGCAAGUGGAAGCAUCGACGCGACAGGAAAUCUCCCAUCUUCGUCCCCUAACAAGCAACUUCCACGUUUCGACGAGUUUUCUAAUUUAGAUGGGAAUAAAUCUCAAAAGAGAACGAACGAAAUUACUGACAGCAACAUGGAAGAAGCGAACGAUGAACCAAACACUGACUCGCACGAACGAGUGAAAGCUGCCGAGAAAGACGCCGACGAGCUAAAUAUCAGCCGGGAAAAUUCAAUCCGAUCGUUGAGAGACGAACACUUUGUGAAAAGUGGGAAUGACAGGAACGACGCGUUUUAUAAUCUCGGAAAUUCAGAUUCCAAUUGGAUCGAAAUGGAGACUGAUCCGUUCGAUGCAGACACGAUGUUACAACCGACUCGAUCGAGCACGCCGUUCGUCAACAUUGAGAAUUGUUCCUGGGGAAGCAAGUGCGAGGAAGACGAGAAUUUGACGAAAGAGUUGCAGCCGUUGCCAGGAGAUCACGAUUGGAAGGAGAAGAUCGACGCGCGGACAGGAUCUGAGAUGCUGUAUCGCGUGGAAAGCAGCGAUUCACAUUGUUUAGACACGACAAGACGUUCGUCACGUGGUGCGAUGGACAAGUUCGAGGGGAUUGCUAAUUUUGAGAUUGCUUCUUCCAACGGUAAUAGACGCGACGAAUGUGAAAUUCUGCCAAGGAUUUCAUCUCCGAUGGAACAAACGGGAAGAGAAGCUUCGCCGAGAGACGCUUCGUCCUCUUUGUCGAAGAGAAGAGAUGAGAGCUCGUCGGAGAUGCGAGCAACACUUCCAGAAACACAGAGGAAAGAAAUUGCCAGUCAAAUAAAUAUUUGUAACUGUCCGCUGAAAUUUUCCUCGAAUGUCAAACGCGCCGAUGUCUCUGGGAACACUUGGGAACGCUCUAAAACGCCGGUUUGCGUUACGUGUUGUUCGAACGUUGAAAUCGGUGAACUCUACGUUGCGGAGAAGUCCUCGGAAGCUCUAGGUGAAACGAACUUUGACGAAGGUAACUUCAACGGCAACGUGACUGAAUCGUCAGCGAGUCAGCUGAACGCAAACCUGGGAAGAAAUGAUUGCAAGAGAGGAUGUACCAUUGUCAAAGACAAUAACGAUUCGAACGUAAUGGCGAAGAGAGACGAAGAGGUGCGAGAAAUUUACAAAAAUUACCCGGCCGAUGGUUUCGAUUGCGACAGCGACAACAGCGUGGAGUGUCACGCGCAGGACGAUGCAAACCGCUUGAAAUCUUCGUCAAACAGGGGCGACGAAGCGGCCAAGCAGAAUCAGCGCAGGUUACGAUCGAUAGUCCUGUCAGAGUCGUGCUUCAAGCUGUGCCAACGGGUUCGUCUGGACGACUCGUCGACGAAUCGAUCCGCAGCGUUGAGAUCGCGUCGUUCGCGGAUCGUCGAGAUAGAAAAUCGAAUUCGCGAGAACAUGAGCGCGUUGAACGAGAGCAGCGACAGUCUGGCGUCCUCCGUCGAGCAAGUCGAGUCCGUCGAGGUGGAGACGAUCGAGGAGAUCGGCACCAGGAACAGAAGCAUCAGGUUCAGAAUAUUACCGGAGAUCAAGGGCCGGGUGACGAUGAGAAAUAGCCGCGACGACGGCGAGGAAAUCGGCGAACAAACGUAUUGGGAGAAGGCGACGAGAGCCUCGAGGAAUCGGUUGAUCAAUCUCGAUCCACCGUGUCAGGGGGCGAGCAGGUUUCUUAAGAGGAACCCGAAAUUUCGUAUCCUUCCACCCGUUCCCAGUAACUCCUCCUUGACGAAUCACAGGGAUAUAAAACUGCCAUUACGUCCCGUAUGGAGCAAUUACGUGCGCAGAAGACCGGAUUUUAAUCUCGUGCUUAGCGGUAGAACCGGCAAGGACUACGAUCCUUUCUUGCUAGCGGAACAACAGAUGAACGACCUGCUGUCGGACACCAGCGAGCAAUCGGUGACGGACGGUCCGGCGUCGAUCGUCGAUCAAAGCCGCGAUUCCUCUUCUUUCCCUCUCUCUCACUCCUCGGCGUUCGUCAAAUAUCCCUGCCAGCCGCCGCUCGCGAAUCCUGAGAAACGAUCGUCCUUGAUCGCCCCACCCACGGAAUUCGACGACCUCACGUCGGACUUCUCGAGCGACUCCACCGAGACGAAUUCGUUGUCCCGCGAGGUUUUCCUCAAAGAUCUGAAAGGGAACGGCGAGUUGAAAGACUCGAUCGCCAAAGAGAAAAAGUCUCCGGCGAGAGAGCUGGGUAGACGGGUGAUCAUCGACAAGUCGAAGGCCUUGGGCGGGGAUGUGAUCGAGGACGGGAGCCGCGGUAGCAGAAGCUUCGUCGCCAGCACGGAGAGAGCCCGCAGGAUUCUCGACAAAGUCUCGCCAAAGGUCGUCCGGCCUUCCGUUAGCCGUUCCCUCUCGGUUCGCGCAUCCUCCGCCCCGAAAACAACGCCCGACCGGACGACCGACAACUCGAACGAAAACCCUCACGAGAAAAGAUUCGCGUUCCGCAAGGGCAACGACGCUCGCAGGUCGUCGAACAAAAGCCUGAACAACAACUACGCGAACCUCUCGAGCAGCAACUUGAGCCUAAGCUCGAUAAUAUCCUCGGACGUGGACAUCAAACGUUCGAACUCGGUGUUCGACGAGCUGAUGACCACGUUCGAGAACGAGAACGGCCCUUUCCCCUCGUUGAAGUCCUUCCUAAAAACCGAUUCCUUGUCCGUGUCCAGCCCCGUCCACGGCGCAGCACAACGCAACGGCCAGGUCAGCGACGAGGAACUCUCUUCGCCCGACAGCUACAAACGACAGGAUCACAACAAAAUGAGCGCUGACUCCGCAUACAGCAGUUUAAAUCGCAAAUAUUCGCACCACGGACGCACCAACGACGUGGCGGGACGUGGCUACGACCUGGAGGAUCUGUCGAGGAGCAAUCGUCAGCACGGCGACGGAGUCGCGAGCAAGUGCAAAAUGUCCAAAUACUGUCACCGGUGCGGCUUCAAGUUCCCGGAAACUGCCAAAUUUUGUUGCGAGUGCGGCAUCAGGAGGCUCGUGCUCUGAGCACCUCUCACCUGAUCGAUCGUCGAUGAACGAGUUCGCGAGCAAAUUAACUUUUUGGGCCGAACGCGCGAGUAUUUUUUUCUCUUUUUUUUAACAACGAAACGAAGACGAAAAAAGAAUGCAAAAAAUUGCAGAGGAACGUACGUAAGCAGGUGUUUGAAGCACGAAUGACACAUCGAAUGAGGCACUAUGGAAUUGAAAAAAGAGAGAAGUUAUUUUAAAUAUAUUCGUCGAGCUAAUAGUAACACGUUAGGGAAACGAAGAUCUUUUAUUUUUGCAGUUCAGAGUUAGAAACUGCGUGCUCUAUUUGUGUGCUCUCUAGUCACUGGUUUUCAGUCAUUGUGAAAUUUGAAAGAAAGAAAUUCAGAAGGGUUAAAUUCUCCAGUAUUAGUAAAUACACGAGAGAGAGAGAGAGAGAGAGAGAGAGAGAAUAGAACCGAAUAAAUAGUAGCAGAGUUGAUGAAUGAUGAUUGCAUUUUCGUUAAACUUGCCAUUAGUAUGAGAGUUGGAUUUGAAAUUAGCUUAGGUUCGACGUCCUGUAAUCCUGCGAAAAGUCAAAUUUGUUCUAUUCGGUGAGACGAACAAUGAAAGUUCAAACAUCGAAAAAACCGAUAAACACGGAUAAAUUUGAUACAAAUCCAAUUAAUAUGACAAAUACACGCGUAUCGUCGUAUAUGGGAAACUUUGCAUUUGCAUUUUGUUGAAUUUCGUAAGUACGUUCGACAGGACUUUUUUUAUAGUGUGUACUAAAAAUUGUGUACUCUGUUCUUUGUACUCUGGAUUAUCUUGUUCAUAUUAUUUGAUACAAUUGAUACCUAUUAAUCGUUUUUACUUUACUUAACUUUAACUUUACGUGUAAAUGAGCAACGCAUUCAAAUCCCGUCUUCUUUCUUUUCGCCAUUUACCUCCUACAAGGAACUGUUUUUACCAAGAUUUUUUAUAUUAUAUAUAUAAGCGUGCAAAAACGAGCGGAGAUACGGCUCGAUCGCACGUUCAUUCGAAUAAUAUAUAUAUUUUACAUGUGUGUGUAACGUACAUCGUAGCGUAAGUUUAAGAAUAUUUUGCUAGUAAUAGGCGAACUGCUGGUACAACAUUGCGCUCAAAUAACUAACGAUUAAUCGUUACUAAGAUUAAUAAAUUGCGGGUGAAUAGCGAAACGCACGUGCAAAUACUUUUUCAUUAAAAGAAACGAAAAGAAAAGGAAACAGUAUGCAAAACUAGUCGUUACAAAUCGCUCCGAAAUAGCGUUGACAUCCUAUUGAACGAGAUUCGCCGUUAUCGUCCACGCUCUGGUGUUCAAAGAGUAAUCGAAAGUAAAAUAGAAGAACAUAUGAAAGAACCGAGUUAGCCGAGACCUAACCCAAACCAGGCUAAUCGCCCUACAAUGAUACAACAAUAAAUUGUCUAUGUUUCGAACUGUAUUUUUGCAAGUGCAAUAAAGUUAUGCUUGUACAAACUA